GGGACGGGACGGGACUCCCGCCCCGGCGCCGCCCAUGUGGCUGCAGCAGCGGCUGAAGGGGCUGCCGGGGCUGCUGUCCAGCAGCUGGGCGCGGCGGCUGCUGCUGCUGCUGGCGCUGCUGCUCGUCGCCUACUGGUACCUGGGGGCGGCCCGGGCGCGGUGGGGUGCGGGGCGGGGAGCCGAGCCCCGCGGUGCCGCCGCCCUCUGCCUGCAGGCGGCCACGGGCUCCUGGCGGGCGCAGGCGGAGCGCGGGGAUGCGCUGCCGCUACCGGAGGAGGAGGAGGAGGAGGCGGCUGCGGGGCCCGGGGCCGGGGGUCCGGGGCUGGCGCUGGCGGGUAACGGGUUCCUGCUGCUGGACGCGGCCGCCGGCCGGCUCUGGGUGUCGGCGGGGCCCGGCGGGGGCCCGUUCCUCGCCACCGAGUACCCGGCGCUGGUGCGGCUGAGGGCGCUGGGCGGGCGCGGGGAGGCGCGGGCGGCGGCGGCGGCUCUGCGGGACGGGGCCGUGCGGAGGGUGCGCUGCGUCCAGACGGGCCCCGGGGCGGGCGCCGGGGACUGCGUGACGGUGCGGGAGGAGGUGGUGGCUCACCGGAGCCGGCCGCGACUCUACCUGCAGCGUAUCCGCAUCGCCAACCCCACCGAGCGGGUGGCCGCCUUCGAGGCCUCGGCCCCGGCAGGCUCGGCGGGCGGGCGUUUCGCUACCAGCCUGGAGAAGGCGGAGGAGCGGCAGUUCCUGCUCUCCUCGGGCCGCUUGCUGCUGGCCGGCAGCCCCAAGGUGGUGCUGCUGGUGGUGGCUGCCAAGAAACUGGUGAGCCGGGUGCAGGUGGCCCCCAAAUCCCACUUUGAUGAAACCGUCCUGUCCGUGGUGCACACCUCGGAGCCUAUCGAGGUGUCCAGGCUGGAGGAGACCUUCAGCAAGCUGAGGGAGGCGGCCAAGAAGGAGAUGCUGGAGGUGAUGCAGAUGGGGGUGGAAGAUCUUUUCCAGGAGCACCAACAGAUCUGGUCUGACCUCUUCAUUUCGGGGGUUGAAAUGAUAAAGAUCACAGAUUCCCACACACCAUCCAGUGAGACUGUCAACAUGACCCUCUACUACAUGCUGUCCAGCAUGCCAGCUCCUCUGCUAGACCCACUCAUUAGUGGGGAGGACAGAGAGAAAAUGGAAGCCAGCUUGAACUAUGCUGACCACUGCUUCAGUGGCCAUGCAACCAUGCAUGCAGAGAACCUGUGGCCAGCAAAGCUGACCAGUGUCACCCAGAUCCUGCAGCUCUCAGACCUCUGGAAGCUGACUCUCCAGAAAAGGGGCUGCAAGAGUCUUGUGGCAGCCGGAGUCCACGGAUUUAUGCAGGGAAUGGUGCUGAGUUUUGGAGGGCUGCAGUUCACAGAAAACCACCUCCAGUUCCAGGCUGACCCCGACGUCCUUCAUAACAGCUAUUCCUUACGUGGGAUCCACUACAACAAGGACCUGAUUAACUUAGCUGUGCUGCUGGAUGCUGAAGGAAAGCCCUUCUUGCACGUGUCUGUGAAAUUCCAGGAGAAGCCCGUGAGGCUGUAUGCCUGUGAGGCAGGCUGUCUGAACGAGCCUGUGGAGCUGACCUCAGAGGCACGAGGCCACACGUUCCCUGUCAUGGUGACUCAGCCCAUCACUCCACUGCUUUACAUCUCCACUGACCUGAUCCACCUGCAGGAUCUGAGGCACACGCUCCACCUCAAAGCCAUCCUGGCUCACGAGGAGCACAUGGCCAAGCAGUACCCAGGCUUGCCUUUCCUCUUCUGGUUCAGUGUGGCUUCCUUAAUCACACUGUUCCACUUGUUCCUCUUCAAACUCAUCUACAACGAGUACUGCGGGCCAGGGGCCAAGCCCCUCUUCAGGAGUAAGGUAUAAGGCUGCUGCUGCUUCUGGCUGCUGUGUUGUCAACCUGAUUUUCUGUCAGCUGUGCCUAGGGAGGUUCUGGUUUGGAUGCUGAGGCGUUUGUCCUCUUGCAAGAAGGAGGAUGAGGGCAGGGGCUCACAAACGUUAGAAAAGAGAAAUCUGUUUUCUGUCCUUCUUAAACCUUUGUGAGGCUGCAGAUCAAGGCAGACCCAGCUUUUCUGUCCUCUUGCCACCCCGUGGUGUAGGGCAUUGCUUGUUUUUAAGCCAAAAGUCCCAGCUGUGUCUGGAGAUGCUGUCUCUUGUCGUGCAGUGCCAGAAUGCUUGUGAGAGCACUGCUGGACUUGUCUUCACUCCCUUGGGGAGCUGUGCACGCUUGUCCCCCUGGUUGGGAUGUGUGGCAUGUUGUACCAGAACACACAAAGGCAAACUGGGGUCCUUAGGGCAAGGUGCAGACUUGCUGGGAACACUGGUGGAGGCUCAGAGGUUUGUAGACACUGUGCAGUCCUCCAUCAAACCACAUUUGCCACUGUCGCCUUGGUAAAGUCCUGAGCUCAUGUUUCUUCCUUUCAGACAAAAUCCAUUGCUGUGUUAAGAGAAAUACUGAGUGCUUUUUACUGUAAACUUGGGGGUUCGGACCUUGAGCUCUACAGCAUCUCACUUUGGUGUAAAGGAUUUUAAAUUAUUGUUUUGAGUUGCCUUAGAAAACUUAGUUGCUAAUAAAGACUUAGCACAGAAUAGACAUAGCUGGUGAUUUCUGCUCUUAGUGCUGGUACUUUCUGGUUGUGUGUUGAUACAGAGUGGAAAUGGAAGACAAGACUGGAUUUACUGUGUGAGCUAGCCAUAUUGUUUAGAAGAUUCCCCCUGUAGGGUUGAACAGAGUUAAAUGUAAACUGGUGGUAUUAAAAAAAAAAA